CCGCUAUUAAAUGAGUCUAUGCAGCGAAACCGAUGGAUUUGUAAUUUUGGUUAUGACAAUAAGAUAAUUCUAUGUAUCUGGUUACUAUAAUCCCACAUUUUCCAGCAGGCAACGCUCCAGUGCAGGGUCGAGUCCUUCCAGCCGAGGUUUUGCAGACAAACCGGGAUCAGAACCAGGACCAGGAGAUGGAUCGGGAUCAGAACCAGGAGAUGGAUCGGGAUCAGAACCAGGAGAUGGACUGGGAUCAGAACCAGGAGGUGGACUGGGAUCCAAGCCAGGACUCCGAGUCCAGCAGCAGGAUUGAAGCGGACGCCCUCGGUCUGCAGAAACGUAAAGACAAAGAGAGGCCCACAGGUUACCCCUGUGAUCAGUGUGACAAAGUCCUCUCCACUUCAUCAACCUUGAAGAGACAUAAGAAGAUUCACACUGGAGAGAAGCCGUACGGAUGUGAUCAGUGUGUGGCAGCUUUUAUUAAACCAGAUGCUUUAAGAAGUCACCAACGUGUUCAUACUGGAGAGAAGCCGUACGGAUGUGAUCAGUGUGGGGCAGCUUUUACCCAAUCAGGUGCUUUAAAGAAGCACCGACGUAUUCACACUGGAGAGAAGCCGUACAUAUGUGAUCAGUGUGGGGCAGCUUUUACUGAAUCGGGUACUUUAAGAGGCCACCAACGUGUUCACAGUGGAGAGAAGCCGUACAAAUGUGAUCAUUGUGGGGCAGCUUUUAUUAAAUCAGAUACUUUAAGAAAUCACCAACGUGUUCACACUGGAGAGAAGCCGUACAAAUGUGAUCAGUGUGGGGAAGCUUUUUCUCAAUCGGGUACUUUAAGAAGCCACCAACGUGUUCACAGUGGAGAGAAGCCUUACAGAUGUGAUCAGUGUGGGGCAGCUUUUACUGAAUCGAGUACUUUAAGAAGUCACCAACGCCUUCACACUGGAGAGAAGCCGUACGGAUGUGAUUUUUGUGGGGUACCUUUUGCCAGAUUCGAUCAUUUAAAAACUCACCAACGUGUUCACACUGGAGAGAAGCCGUACAUAUGUGAUCAGUGUGGGGCAGCUUUUGCUGAAUCGGGUACUUUAAUAAGGCACCAACGUAUUCACACUGGACAGAAGCCGUACAGAUGUGAUCAGUGCGGGGCAGCUUUUGCCACAUCAGGUGAUUUAACGAAGCACCAACGUAUUCACAGUGGAGAGAAGCCGUACAGAUGUGAUCAGUGUUGGGCAGCUUUUACUGAAUCGGGUGCUUUAAGAAGUCACCAACGUGUUCACACUGGAGAGAAGCCAUACAAAUGUGUUCAGUGCGGGGCAGUUUUUACUCGAUCGGGUGCUUUAAGGUGUCACCAACGUAUUCACACUGGAGAGAAGCCGUACAGGUGUGAUCAGUGUGGGGCAACUUUUGCUCAAUCAGGUACCUUAACAGAUCACCAACGUGUUCACACUGGAGAGAAGCCGUACAAAUGUGAUCAGUGUGGGGCAGCUUUUACUCAAUUAGGUGCUUUAACAAAGCACCAACGUGUUCACGACGGAGAGAAGUCGUACAUGUGAUCAGUGUGGGGCAGCUUUUUAGUUUAAGAAGUCACAAUUGUAUUCACAUUGGAUAAAAUGUGUGUAUGAUGAGUUUGUGGCAGCCUUUACUAAGAGUGUUCAUUCAAAUGGAACAAACAUAAACAUGUUAGAAAAAAAACAGUGAUAGAAAUGUGUCUGUUGUCUGUUGUAUCUGUUGUUCUGAGAGAAAGAAAUCUGAAAGUAUCAUUCUAAUAAGUUCAGUUUGAUAUUAGCUUUUUUAAAAUGGUUUUGCUUCUGUUGGCAAAUUACUAACUUCUUUGUAAUAUUUGUAUAUAACAUU